AUGUGCAGCUGGGUAUUUACAGUUUGGACUUUUUGUCUGAUUUUUACUAGAGUAUUUGGCGAGGAAAUUCAACCGCAACUACGAGUGUUGGCGAAUAAUGAACUUCAGAAGGCCAACAGCCUGUUGGUCGAGUUUGGCUUGUCGGUUGAAAUUCAGUGCUCAAUACCUAGAGACACCAGUCGUGGAGUCGAGUUUCUCUAUCUUAGGAAGCAAACUCAUGGUUCCGUACCAAGGACUAUUGAUAUUCAAAGGACAAAUUUCACUCGACUUUCCUACAUCAGAAUCGUAACCUUGGAUGACACUGGCAUUUACCUUUGUUCCUUCCGAAGUUUAACUGCCAUCACCAACAUUUACGUAGUAAAACUGGUCAAACGAAAAAAUGGUACUGUCGCAACCGAGACAACGGAGGAGGAGAUCGACUCAAAAAUUCUGGUCCGACGCACUUUGAGGACAACAUCGACUGCGGUAGAAGACGUUGACCCUAAUGACCAAUUCAUGAUGUGCAUUUGCCAGUUUGCGCCCUCCGUUCAGCUGGAAAUGGUACUGGUGUCCUGGGAGGGUGGGCUGACGGACGACCUCGACAACACCACAGUCUACGAAAGAUCCACUUGGCGACAUUCCAGCACAAAUGAGAUCGGGUCAAAAUUGGGGCUCAGCACUCCAAAUGCAAAUGUCGCUAGCCCUGCUCCUGUGGACGUAGGUGUUCGUGUUUUUGCCAAAUGGCAACUACCUCUUGAACUGACUGGUAAGUGGAUGCCGCAGAGACUGUUAAACGUUUAUGAUUUGGAGGAUAUAAUGGGCUUUUCUGUUCUUCUGGACGAAAAAGCGGUUUCAACGCUGACUGUCCUUACGUUUCCUCUUGAAAAUAUGCACCACUUACGACCUCUGCCGCUGAGCCAUAUUUUGGUCUAA